AUGCGCGCAUCUCUCAUUGCCAGCGUCUUGGCUCUCGCCAUAUCCCAAGUCACCGCGGAUUAUAACCAAUCUGCGCCCUUCACAAUAAUCCUACUCUCUCAGAACUCGACCCUUAAUGGUGCCUCGCUCGCCGCCUGCCAUGAAGGCGCUGCCAUUGAAGGACUCUGUCUUGCUGGUGGGAAAUUUGGGGAAGCUACACAGUUCACAUACAAUACCAGCUCUCCAGACGACAAGACGGGCAUCCUUGCCUACCAACUUAUUGGGGGGAAUUUCAAUGUGUCCUGCCCAAUGCAAUUCUCAUACAGCCCGUCAUCCAACGUCGCAAUGCCCAUAAUCAUCCCCGGGACGACAUCUACCCUCGUCGGAUUUGAUAGAAUUGGGCGGAUGUUUGUCAUGAGAUACCAGGAUGAUACUCAGCCGCUGCCAAACAAUGAAGAGACACCGCAGUUUAGAUGGUAUAUUUGCCAGACCUAUUACGGAUACCCGUACCAGACAUUGGUUUGGACUGUGGGUAUUAAGGCACCCCAGAAUCCGACUUGUGUCUCCGCUCAACCUGUAAGGGUGUUUGUUUGA